AUGAUGAGACCUGAGUUUCUGAGACAGAAGGAAGAGCUUUUAAAAUCCCUUCUGUUUACGGUCGGGUUCGAACUCAGUACUUCCGUGCUUUACGUCCGAUCUUGUCGCUGAAGUCUUUCUUUAUUUCUUUCAUGUUUUAUCGCGACAUAAGAAACCACCAAAAGUUGAGGGAAGCAUGAAUUCAGCAUCAACACAUUUCGUGCCAACGAGUAGAGUUGGUAUAUACGAGCCUCUCCAUCAAUUUGGUAUGUGGGGGGAAACUUUCAAGAACAAUAUCGGCAAUGGAGGAAGUAUGAACACUCCAAACCACAUUCUAAUACCGAAUAAUCAAAAACUAGACAACACCAACUUGUCAGAGGAUACUUCCCAUGGAACUCCUCACAUGUUUGAUCAAGAAGCUUCUACGUCCAGACAUCCUGAUAAAAUACAGAGACGGCUUGCGCAGAACCGCGAGGCUGCUAGGAAAAGUCGCUUGCGCAAGAAGGCUUAUGUUCAGCAGCUGGAAACAAGCAGGUUGAAGCUAAUACAACUAGAGCAAGAACUCGAUCGUGCUAGACAACAGGGAUUCUACGUUGGAAAUGGCAUAGAUACUAGCUCUCUUGGUUUCUCGGAAACCAUGAAUCCAGGGAUUGCUGCGUUUGAGAUGGAAUAUGGACACUGGAUUGAAGAACAGAACAAACAGAUAUGCGAACUUAGAACGGUUUUACACGGACAUGUUACCGACGUCGAGCUACGUUCGCAAGUUGAAAACGCCAUGAAACAUUACUUUGAGCUAUUCCGGAUGAAGUCAGCCGCUGCAAAAGCGGAUGUGUUCUUCGUCAUGUCGGGGAUGUGGAGAACUUCCGCGGAACGGUUCUUCCUUUGGAUCGGCGGGUUUCGACCCUCUGAUCUUCUCAAGGUUCUUUUGCCACAUUUUGAUGUGAUGACGGAUCAACAAGUUCUAGAUGUAUGCAACUUAAGACAAUCGUGUCAGCAAGCCGAAGAUGCGUUGUCUCAAGGCAUGGAGAAGCUGCAACACACGCUUGCGGAGUGCGUUGCACGUGGUGGACUCGGUGAAGGGAACUAUAUUCCUCAGGUGAAUUCUGCUAUGGAGAGAUUAGAAGCUUUGGUCAGUUUUGUUAAUCAGGCUGACCAUUUGAGACAUGAGACAUUGCAACAAAUGCAUCGGAUCUUGACCACACGACAAGCGGCACGAGGAUUAUUGGCACUUGGUGAGUAUUUUCAAAGGCUUAGAGCCUUGAGCUCGAGCUGGGCAACUAGACACCGUGAACCAACAUAGAUUUAAAGUUUCUAAAAAACAACAAGAAGAUGAAUCAAGAAUGAAGAGAAGUGCAUCUUGAGAAAACAGAGGAUUACUCAAAAUAAGUGGAGGUUGCUGCUGAUGAUUUUUUUUUAUUCUGUGGCGGAAUCAGAAAAAAUUGAAAAAAUGUAUCAAACUUGUAAAUAUCAGAAAAGGUGGAGGCGUUCGUUUUCCGGGGUGUAGCAUUUUUUAAAAGAGAAGUUUUUCGGAUGUUUGUUUGAUUUAUAUAGAACUUGGUUCCCAAAUUAAUAAUAAUAAUACAUAAGUGUGUGUUCUAGUUA